AUGGCUAAUAAAUCCAGACCAAAGCAGGUGAAAGCUCCUUAUCGGAAAUAUGUUGCUGGUGAAGGUUUCAGUAAAGUAAUGCUUUCCAAAAAAAGUUAUAAAGAGCAAAAGAAAGAGAAUAGUAAUUAUAGUAAUGAUAAAUGUGAUGAUAGUGGAGAAAACGAAAUAAAAUAUCAUAUUAUUAAGGAUGCCUCUGGUAAGACAUAUUACAUGUAUGAUACUAGUAAUGGUAAUGACCAUUUAGAGAAGACACCUGAAAUUCACACUGAUACAGUAUGUAAAGAUGAUUAUGAUGGUAAAGAGAACACCCUCAUGAUACGGCAAAAUCCAUCAAAGAUGAAACUUCCAUGGGAGGUCCAAAGUUUAAUAUUACAAUAUGCAGAUGAGAUAGAUAUAGAUUAUUUGGUGGUAUGUAAGACGUGGUAUAUGAUGUGCUUACCUUUAUUAUAUGCUAAACCUGAAUUAAACAGUAAAAAUUUUAAUAAUUUUAUUACUUCAAUAAUAGUAGAUAGAAAAAAAAUCUUUGGUCAAUAUAUUAAAGAAUUAGAUCUUUCUACAAUUUUACAAAGUGGACGGAAUUCUUAUGUCUCAAAAUUAUUAAGACGUUGUUCUAGUAGCCUUGAAAAAUUUACAGCACCACAGACAAGUUUUGGGUACGCUCCAUUGAUAUCGUUAAAAUCGUGUCAUCAGCUUCGAUAUUUAGAUUUAGGUUUAGUCUCAGAGACAGUCAAAUUAAAAGAAUUGUUUGCAGCGAUUAAGAAUUUCAAAUAUUUAACACAUUUAGCAUUUCCAAGAAGUUCCGUAGAUUGUGAAGGUUUUAGAGAAUUUGUAUGGCCCCAGAAUCUUUUAUAUUUAAAAUUAAGUGGUGGUAUAACAAAUGAAUUUGUCAUUGAUACAAUGUGGCCAAGUACAAUUAAAAUUUUGGAGUAUUCCUUUUGUCCCAAGAUAAAUGAAAAUGCGAUAUAUACUAUGCUUUCACAAAUUGGUGAUAAUUUAACACAUCUUUAUUUUCAUUAUCCUAUGCCUGCAUUAAGAGAUAAUUCGCUAGAUUUUAUAUUUAGAUAUUGUACACAUUUAGUAACAGUACAAUUAAUGGUUGACUAUACAUCCAAAUGGGCAUUUUCAGAUGAAAUGUUGAUUCCAAUAUUUGACUUCAAGAGGCCGUUAAGAACAAUAUUCCUGGAGAGUAGUGGUACUUUAGGGAUGGCCUCUAAGAUUCAUCCGGAUGAUUUCACUAUUGCUCUGUUGGAGCAUCGAUUACCAAGUUUAAAAUACAUUCGAUUAUCUCCAAGACUUGGUUGGGACAUGGAUAGUGAGGAUGUUUCUGACUUGGUGAAUGCAUUAGAAGAACAAGAUGGUAGUUUAUACGUCGGGAAACCAUAA